AUGGAGUACAGCUAUGAGAAUGCAAGCGACAGCACUCAAUACUACGAUAACUACAGCACUCAGGACUAUCUGGGGAAUUUUCAAUUUGGACUGUUUUCCACCGUGUGCUACAGCCUCAUCUUCUGUCUCAGCCUUCCUGGAAACUGCUUCCUCCUUUACCGUCUGCUACAAACAAGAGGACAGCGUACGGCCUCAGACUUCCUCCUUCUCAAUCUCACAACCUCUGACCUAAUCUUUACCCUAACCCUGCCCUUCUUCGCCGUCUACCACCUCCAUGGCUGGUUGUUUGGAGAGUGGGCCUGCAGGCUGGCGAGCGGAGCCUUCUUCCUGGGUUUAUACAGCUACAUGUGCUUCCUGACAGCGCUGUCAGUGGAUCGGUACGUUGCAAUAGUGCUAGCCGUGUCCACGUCCAUCCAGGCCAGACGUAGGUUUUGUGUCCGUCUGACAACAGCUGUGCUCUGGGUCUUCUGUGUGGCGGCUUGUCUUUUAGAGGUGGUGUACUCAGAGACCAGCGAUGGCUUUGAUGGAGAAAUACGCUGUGUUUCUACAAUGCAGGGAAACAUGGAGGUCGUCGGUAACUUUCUCCAGAUAUUCAUAUUUUUCCUGUUACCGUUCCUUGUUAUAACUUUUUGUUAUGUUCGCAUCUGCGCCAUUGUUUCCCACAGCGGACUCAGGGGGCGCAACAAGUCAAUGAAACUGAUUUGGGGGAUUGUAGUGGGGUUUUUUGUCUGUUGGGCACCGUAUAAUGUUGUGCUCUUCCUCCAUUCCUUGAGGUUGCUUGGCGACUAUAUGCCGAACAUGGAUGAGGCGCUAAGCGUUGCAUAUUACAUCUGUCACACUCUUGCCUACAGCCACUGCUGCCUCAACCCACUGUUGCAUGUGUUUGGAGGGCAGAAAUAUAGGAGAUAUCUUCCUUCAUCGUUUUGCAGUUUCUGUCUAUCUAAAGGAAACCAGAGAGCCAUCUCUCAUACAAGUCAAACCAUUGUCAGUUACCAGGCCUGGGUAUGAUGCCAAUAAAAAAUACACUGAGUUUUGGCCAAUGUCUUUACACAGACUGACAAAGAACACAUAAUGCUGAUUCAUAGGGGGACUUCAACACAAAAGCAUUAAAAAAUAACACACCAUCUGCAGAAGUGAAAAUGUGACUGGCUGUACUGAAUUUCUAUGCAACAGUAAAUGGUGCCAAGAGUUAACAGUUUCAACUAUUAUUUAAAAAUGUACAUUG